CGCGUCGCUGGCUAGGCCCGCUUUGCGCACGGACCGCGCGAAGGGCGGGAGGGCUAGCCCGGGGGAUACGCGCUGGUCCUGGGAUGGUCAGCCUCUGCACCGGCCCAAGCUGAGGCCCCGCAGACGGCCACCCACACCGCGCCUUGCGGACGCCGCGCCCCGCGCGCUCUGGGACCCGGGACGCCCGCCUGGGGGUGGGGGCCGAGCUGCGGAGCCGCCCACGUCGCGCUCCAGGAACUGGAGCCAACAGGAUGGGUGUCGGGACAUGCUAACCUCCCCUCAAGACAGGUCACAGGAGGAGUGAGUCUGGUGCCCACCUCUACCCAGGAUCGGGGCCCCCACCCAAGUCCCAGCUGGUGAAAAUGUCUUUGAAGUCUCGUGGUCGAUCUGAAAAGUUCAUGCAAAUUUUACCUUCCACGUCAUCACAGAUUUAUCGUUUUAAUAGAAAUACAGCAUUUUGAGCCAGCAGGCGUCCUGGUCAUGGAGGACUGCAACGUGCACUCGGCUGCCAGCAUCUUGGCCUCGGUGAAGGAGCAGGAGGCCCGCUUCCAGCGGCUGACACGGGCACUGGAGCAGGAGCGGCGCCAUGUUGCCCUGCAGCUGGAGCGUGCCCAGCAGCCUGGUGUGGGCAGUGGUGGUGUGGGCAGUGGGCAGCCCCUGCCAAUGGCCUGGCAACAGCUGGUCUUGCAGGAGCAGAGCCCCGGUAGCCAGGUCUCCCUGGCCACGAUGCCGGAGGCACCUGAGGUGCUGGAGGAGACAGUGACGGUGGAGGAGGACCCUGGCACACCCACCUCCCAUGUGUCCAUUGUUACAUCAGAAGAUGGCACUACACGGCGUACAGAGACCAAGGUCACCAAGAUGGUCAAGACGGUGACUACACGAACAGUGCGCCAGGUGCCCAUGGGCCCAGAUGGCCUCCCCCUCCUGGAUGGUGGCCCCCCGCUAGGGCCCUUCGCUGAUGGCCCCCUGGACCGGCACUUCCUGCUGCGUGGGGGCGGCCCGGUGGCCACGCUGUCCCGCACCUACCUCAACAGUGGGGGAGGCUAUCCUGACAGCCCCGAGCCCCGUGAUGUCCCCAGCUAUGGCAGCCUGUCCCGUGGGUUGGGUGUGCGACCCCCACGUGGUGGCCCCCUUGGCCCAAGCCCCGGCGAUGGCUGCUUCACAUUGCCUGGCCGCCGUGAGGCCUUCCCUGACGGCCGUGAGCCUGUGCCACCGGCCAGCCGCUCCCAGCCCGAGCGUUUCCAGGCAGAGCCGUACGGCCUGGAGGACGACACACGCAGCCUGGCUGCUGAUGACGGGGGUGGUCCGGAGCUGGAGCCUGACUAUGGCACGGCCACGAGGAGGAGGCCUGACUGUGGGCGGGGCCUUCGCACUAGGGCCUAUGAGGAUGUGGCAGCUGAUGGUGGUGAGCUGAUGGAAGAGCGGCCCCCUUUCCCAGCCACGACAGCACCCCUGGCCCAGCCAGAACGGGGCAGCCUGGGCAGCCUGGACCGGGUGGUGCGGCGCUCACCCUCGGUUGACAGCGCCCGCAAGGAGCCUCGCUGGCGGGACCCCGAGCUGCCCGAGGUACUGGCCAUGUUGCGGCACCCUGUGGACCCGGUGAAGGCUAACGCGGCUGCCUACCUGCAGCACCUGUGCUUUGAGAAUGAGGGUGUCAAGCGGCGUGUACGGCAGCUGCGGGGGCUUCCGCUACUCGUGGCUCUGCUGGACCACCCAAGGGCAGAGGUUCGACGCAGGGCCUGUGGGGCACUGCGCAAUCUCUCCUACGGUCGAGACACCGACAACAAGGCCGCCAUUCGGGACUGUGGUGGCGUGCCCGCCCUGGUGCGCCUGCUGCGGGCCGCCCGGGACAACGAAGUCCGAGAGCUCGUCACGGGCACACUCUGGAACCUGUCAUCCUACGAGCCCCUGAAGAUGGUCAUCAUUGACCAUGGCCUACAGACACUGACCCACGAGGUCAUUGUGCCCCACUCGGGCUGGGAGCGAGAGCCCAAUGAGGACUCCAAGCCACGGGACGCCGAGUGGACUACUGUCUUCAAGAACACAUCAGGCUGCUUGAGGAACGUGAGCUCGGAUGGUGCAGAGGCCCGGCGGCGACUCCGGGAGUGUGAAGGGCUGGUGGACGCACUCUUGCACGCCUUGCAGUCAGCAGUGGGCAGGAAGGACACAGACAAUAAGUCGGUGGAAAACUGUGUAUGCAUCAUGCGGAACCUGUCCUACCACGUGCACAGGGAGGUGCCUGGGGCUGACAGGUACCAGGAGGGUGAGCCUGGGCCCCCCAGCAGUGCUGCAGGCUCCCAGCGCCGGAGGCGGGAUGAUGCUGGCUGCUUCGGUGGCAAGAAGGCCAAAGAGGAGUGGUUCCAUCAAGGGAAGAAAGAUGGUGAGAUGGACCGGAACUUUGACACACUGGACCUGCCCAAGAGAACUGAGGCUGCGAAGGGCUUUGAGUUGCUGUACCAGCCCGAAGUGGUACGUCUCUACCUCUCCCUGCUCACGGAGAGCCGGAACUUCAACACCCUGGAGGCUGCUGCUGGUGCCCUACAGAACCUCAGCGCUGGCAACUGGACGUGGGCUACGUACAUUCGCGCCACCGUGCGCAAGGAGCGCGGUCUGCCGGUUCUAGUGGAGCUGCUGCAGUCCGAGACUGACAAGGUGGUACGUGCAGUCGCCAUCGCCCUGCGCAACCUCUCGCUGGACCGGCGCAACAAGGACCUCAUCGGGAGCUACGCCAUGGCGGAGCUAGUGCGCAACGUGCGCAAUGCUCAGGCCCCGGCACGACCCGGGGCCCGUCUGGAGGAAGACACGGUGGUUGCGGUGCUCAACACCAUCCAUGAGAUCGUGUCCGACAGUUUGGACAACGCACGCUCGCUACUGCAGGCCCGCGGAGUGCCUGCUCUGGUGGCCCUGGGUGCCUCCAGCCAAUCGGUGCGCGAGGAGAAGGCCGCGUCCCACGUGCUGCAGACAGUGUGGAGCUACAAGGAGCUGCGUGGUGCCCUGCAGAAGGAUGGUUGGACCAAGGCGCGCUUCCAGUCCGCUGCUGCUAAUGCCAAGGGGCCCAAGGGAGCACUGAGUCCUGGAGGCUUCGAUGACAGCACGCUGCCACUGGUGGACAAGAGCCUUGAUGGUGAGAAGCCAGGCAGCCGGGAUGUGAUCCCCAUGGAGGCUCUUGGCCCAGACGGAUACUCCACAGUGGACCGGAGGGAACGGAGGGCUCGAGGCAGUGCAUCCGCAGGGGAGACCUCUGAGAAGGAACUGUUGAAACCCGACCCCAGCAGGAAGGCUCCUCCUCCAGGGCCCAGCCGGCCCGCAGUCAGGCUGGUGGACGCCGUGGGGGACACUAAACCUCAGCCCGUUGACUCCUGGGUCUAGCUUGCAUGCCUGGGCCCGGGCCUAGCCUUUCAUUCUUAGGGAUCUGAUUACGGGAAGAAGGGAACUCCAGGGGCGGCCUGCACAGACCCUGCCAUGGAGCUUGGAGCCCCCUGGUGGCAAGGGUUGGCAGUGCCUCUGCGCUGGAGCCAAGGCCGGACUUUCUGGACACGCCUCCUUUUCUGCCCCCUCAAUCCCUCCCUCCUAACUCCCUAGGCAGAGUUAGCUGUUUACUGACAUGGUGCUGUGUGCGAGUGAAAGAGAAGGCCUACGGGGCUCUGGGGCGGGGCCCAGGAAGGUGGCAGGAGAGGGGGCUGGAGAAGUAAGAGUGUAGCCCUGUGUGUGCAGUGCCCUAGAGGAGUGGGAUAGGCCAGCCCUGGGGGCAGGCAGCUGGGCAGGGAAGGGUGCUCAGAAAGAGUUUGACUCUGAAAGGUGCAGGGGAUCCCCUGGGCUCCCGAGUCCCACCCUGCAUGGCAGGUCAACCAUGGGUGUGGGACUACUCCGGGGGGUGGGGGGGAGGCUGGCCCGUCCAGAGAGGGUUGGAGGCAGCGAGAUGGGGGUCAGGCUGUGCUUGCCCCCACCCUGCCCUUGGAUGCGUAGAACCCAGUGCAGUGGGAGCCUUCCAAGUGACACUGGUCCUGGCACAGCUCCCAUAUCCUGUCUGCUGGAGCCCUGAGUAGCGCCUUGGGGACUGACACCUCUGGGACUGACCCUCGGCAGCAGCAGGGACCUGCUGUUCAGUGCCUGCUGUUUGUGACUUAAAAACAGAAAACACUGACAAAAAGCAUUAAAAACAAAACCAAAAUAAGAUUGUAUUGGUAAACACAUAAAUUUUUGUAAGAAAAUUUAAAAAUUAAAAAAGCAACAAAGGAACUUCAUGGCUCAGACCUCUUGCCACAAGCUGCUUGCUCCUCCAUUUGUCAGGUCGGGAGUGGGGGGAGGUGGCCUCAGCUGUCUGUCUGCUGUGUCCAGCGGGGGCUCAACUCCCAGGCCCCAUGGAUGUUUCCCCACACACAUCCUCCCAGACUCACUGCGACCCUCUGUCUACAUGCAAAAAGGAGUAGGCUUGCUCCUGGGUGGUUAACUGAGCUCUGCGCCCCAGGGUAGUGUCCUGGCCAGAGGCUUCUCUGGGCACAGGUGGGCUCAUCCAGGACAGAGUGAUCCCUGGGGAUCCUCUGAAGUGGCCAGAGAUCCAGGCACUUGGGGGCUUGGGGCUGGAGGGACAGGGUCAGGGCUGGGGGCAGCUAUGGAUUUAAUAAACACAAACUCCACGUCUCACUUGCCAGCUGCACAGCCUGCAGAAGUGGCACCUGGUCUGAGCCCACUGUCUCUUUCAUAAACAAGGCUGAGUAGGACUGGGAAAGAUGCUUCCACUCAGUGCCACAUGGGCUGGGCACCUGGUGUUGCUGCAGGGCUGAGUCCCUUACCCCACACCUCCUUGGUCAGAGAUGGGUGUGAAGUGUGGCCAACUGCCCUGUUCUAGUUUCCUAGGUGAGACAGCCUCCAGGUGGGGGCUCAGCCCAGGCCGCAGAUACCCCUGUGGGGCUGCAGCUUGUGUCCUCAGCCUGGCCACAGCAGGAGCAGUGGUGGGACUAGGAGCCACAUGGACUCGUGGGCAGCAUUAGCAUCCAGUCCAGGGGAGCGACGUGGGUUUGGUGCCAAAGGGGAAGGCACCAAGGGAAAGAGGGAGCAGCGCAGUGGCUGAGAAGUACUCAGUCGAUGUCUUCUAUCUAAAUAUUUAAAUCUUUAAUUACUAUUUUAGUGUCUUUUAAUUAUGAUAUUGGUCUAUAAGAUUAACAAUCAGCUGAUUUUAGUGAAGUUGCAUUUAUUCUUAAAAAGGAGAUGAAAGAACCCAGAGGGUUUAAAAGUGUGUGUUGGUGGUGGUCAGGGCCAUCACUGAGGCACUGCUGCCACCUGGUGACAGCAAACCUCAAGGACAGACUGUGCGCACAGCUCAGCAGUUUCCAGAUAUUCCCAACUUCCACCACCUGCCCUGAUUGGCUUUUUUAAGAUAUUAGGUUGGUG